AUGGAUCUCCGGGAGGAUAGCUCUAGAUUUGGGAUGUUACCAGUAACAACUUCGAGGAUUUCGUCAUCAUCAUCAGCAUUCUUUUCCGCAAAUCAGUCACCCUUCUUCUCUCCAAGAUCGCCAACAUGUCAAGCAUCAGAAUCAACACGUUCAGAUGCUCAAUAUGAUAGCACCCAUUUUAGUGGUGAUCCCCUUAGCUCUAGUUCAGGAAUUCCAGAUCCUGAAUCUCUAGCAAAUGCCAGAGAUGCCUUGGCAGAUAUGACAAGGGAGGCAGUUGCUGGCAUUGCAAAUGAUUUUCAGAAGUUUAAUCGUAUAUCGUCUUCAACUGGCAUUUCUAAUAGUACUCCAUAUAGUUACAGUUAUGCCCAUGAUAAAAGUUAUUCUGGGUUCAGAGAGAAGCAUAGAAAGCAUGGGAGAAGCCAUGGGAUGUCAUAUACUCCAGUUUCAGUUUCCAUUUCCUCUUAUAAACUUAGGAGUUGUGACGUCUUCAUAGGUUUGCAUGGUCGCAAACCUUCUUUGCUGAGGUUUACUAAUUGGCUCCGUGCUGAGUUGGAGGUUCAAGGGAUGAGUUGUUUUGUAUCUGACAGAGCUCGAUGUAGAAACUCUCGCAAACAUGGAAUUGUUGAGAAAGCAAUGGAUGUUUCUUCUUUUGGCAUCGUAAUCUUAACAAAGAAGUCCUUCAGAAACCCAUAUACUAUUGAGGAGCUGCGAUAUUUUGUAAGCAAAAAGAAUUUGGUUCCGGUAUUCUUUGAUCUGAGUCCAGAUGAUUGCCUCGUCAGGGAUAUAGUCGAGAGGAGGGGAGAGUUGUGGGAAAAACAUGGGGGCGAGCUAUGGCAUUUGUAUGGUGGUUUGGAGAAUGAGUGGAAGGAAGCUGUUAAUGGCAUCUCUCGGGUUGAUGAGUGGAAACUGGAAGCUCAAGACGGUAACUGGAGAGAUUGCAUAUUGAGAGCUGUCACGCUGCUGGCUUUGAGAUUAGGAAGGAGAAGUGUUAUGGAAAGGCUGACUAAGUGGAGAGAGAAGGUGGAAAAAGAAGAGUUCCCUUUCCCUCGAAAUGAGAACUUUGUUGGCAGGAAGAAAGAACUGUCUGAGCUAGAAUUUAUACUUUUUGGCAAUGUAAGUGGAGAUUCCGAAAGAGAUUACUUUGAACUGAAGGCUAGACCUAGGAGAAAGAAUUUGACAAUCGGAUGGAAUAAGAGCAGUUCAGCCGAGGAAAAAAGACGAGAGCAGCAAUGGGACGAUGGUAGCAAGAAGGGUAAAGAACCAUUUGUAUGGAAGGAGUCAGAAAGGGAGAUAGAAAUGCAAAGUGGUGAAUUUACCCAAAGGCAGCAUCAAUUAAAACCCAAAAGCAGUGGGCGAUAUGGAAAGAGAAAAAGAUCAACAAAGAUUUUAUAUGGGAAAGGGAUUGCUUGUGUGUCGGGGGAAUCAGGAAUUGGCAAGACAGAGCUUCUUCUGGAGUUUGCGUACAGAUACCACCAGAGGUACAAGAUGGUUCUGUGGAUUGGAGGAGAUAGCAGGUAUAUUAGGCAAAAUUAUCUGAACCUUUGGUCGUUUUUAGAAGUUGAUAUUGGGGUUGAGAAUUACUCGGGGAAAAGCAGGAUUAGAAGUUUUGAAGAGCAAGAAGAGGAAGCCAUUUCUAAAGUUCGGAAGGAGCUUAUGAGAAACAUACCAUUUUUGGUUGUGAUUGAUAACUUGGAAAGUGAGAAGGAUUGGUGGGAUCACAAACUUGUGAUGGAUCUUCUUCCCCGUUUUGGCGGAGAGACCCACAUCAUAAUAUCUACACGGCUACCACGCGUGAUGAAUUUGGAACCUUUGAAACUCUCUUAUUUGUCUGCAGUUGAGGCGAUGUGCUUAAUGCAGGGAAGUGACAAGGAUUACUCUAUUACAGAAAUUGAUGCUCUCAGGGUUAUUGAGGAGAAGGUAGGUAGGUUAACGUUGGGCCUUGCAAUAGUUGGAGCCAUUUUAUCUGAGCUUCCAAUUAAUCCAAGCAGGCUAUUGGACACCAUAAAUAGAAUGCCCUUGAUGGAGAUGUCAUGGAGUGGUAGAGAAGCUCAUUCAUUGAGGAAAAAUAGUUUCCUUUUGCAACUCUUUGAGGUUUGUUUUUCCAUAUUUGAUCAUGCAGAUGGGCCUAGGAGCUUGGCAACAAGGAUGGUCCAGGCCAGCGCUUGGUUUGCACCAGCUGCAAUUCCAGUUUCCCUAUUGGCCCUAGCUGCAAACAAGAUUCCUGAGAAGCAUAAGGGAACACAGUUAUGGAGAAAGUUACUGUCUUCCUUGAGUUGCGGUCUCUCUUCAUCAUACACCAAAAGAUCAGAAGCAGAGGCAUCUUCCAUGUUGUUGAGAUUUAAUAUUGCACGAAGCAGUACCAAGCAAGGCUGUGUCCAUGUCAAUGAGCUCAUCAAGCUUUAUGCUCGCAAGAGAGGGAUCACUGGGGUUGCACAAGCGAUGGUGCAUGCUGUCAUUAGUCGUGGGUCUGUAUCCCAUCAUUCAGAACACAUAUGGGCAGCAUGCUUCUUGCUAUUUGGAUUUGGUACCGACCCUAAAGCUGUUGAGGUUAAGGUUUCAGAGUUGCUGUACCUUGUUAAACAAGUGGUUUUGCCUCUUGCCAUUCGGACAUUCAUUACAUUCUCUAGAUGCAGCGCUGCACUAGAACUCCUGCGCCUAUGUACUAAUGCCUUGGAAGCAGCAGAUCAAGCUUUUGUUACUCCAGUUGAGAAAUGGUUGGACAAAUCACUAUGCUGGAGACCCAUCCAGACUAAUGCUCAGUUGAAUCCAUACCUUUGGCAGGAGCUGGCUCUAUCAAGAGCCACGGUGCUGGAAACUAGAGCCAAGUUAAUGCUGAGAGGGGGACAAUUUGACAUAGGGGAUGAUCUAAUUAGGAAGGCUAUUUUUAUUAGAACUUCAAUUUGUGGAGAUGAUCAUCCAGAUACCGUAUCCGCUCGUGAAACUCUAAGCAAACUCACCAGGCUUCUUGCCAAUGUUCAAAUUCGGAAUUCACCAUAG